UUUGUGCAAUUUUCCCAGAAGAAACUGAUUAAUAAUGGGAGUCUCUUUCUACAUUCAUUUAGCUUUUAGAGUUGGCAAUCUCCGGAUCUAGUUAUAUCAUUGUCAGGAAGUUCUAUUUUCAUUUGCUUGCAAGCUGCAUAUUGUUUCCUAGAACCGCAGUUUCUCUUUUUGAUGUUCCAUCAAGUAUAGGACAUACUAUGUGUAAAGGUAGAAGGGAAAGCCAGGCUACAGCUGGAUCGUCAUCAAACUCAUCUUUCUCUACUCGUUUAUCUGGUAACUCACUACCAAAUGAAAAGAGGGACCUCAAAACUACAGAGUUUGUAGAACAUUCUUUGAGUGUUGAUGAUUCAACAGAGGCUGCAAACAGAACAAAAGGCACAUUGAAUCAAAUCACAUCAGAUUCGUCUUCCUCUAAUUCAUUUUCAAAAUCUCUACCAGCCUUAGAUGAAAAAGGGGCUUUAAAUCCAAAAGGUUAAUGGAACAACCUCCAAAUGCUGCCGAUUCAAAAGAGGCCGCAAACACAUCAAAGCAAAGUAUUUGGUCUGUUAGUGACUCUGUUUCACCUAUUGGAGAUGCUGCUGCAAAAAGUGCAGGGCCAACUGACAAGGACCUAAACUAUUUUCAUUGUCCUCUGAAGAAGUUUAAAACCAGUGGUGAAAUUCGACUAAAUUCGAUGGAGUCCAACUCAGUGGAAGCAGUAAUUUUGGAUUUGGAGGAACUUGCUAACAAGAUCAGUUGGCUGAAAAGAACAAUGGAAUGUGGAAGAUCUCUGUCUGAUGCUGUUCGACCUUCAUGGGAGUUUGUAGAACACAAUGGAACAUUUACAAAGAAAUGAUCGCUUGAUCCUUCUUGUCUUUGACUCUUAUGAUGUAUAGGUUAUUCCUCGCUCCUAUUGACAUUUCAGAUGCUGUCUAGAUUUAGAUCUAUUUUGUUCAUGCUUAGAAUCUGUACCUUUCAAGAGUUUUUUCUGCCCCCUGUAAUUUGAUAGUUUCUACUGAAUGUUAUUUGCAGUUUAUAUC